UUGCGGACCAUGUACUCGAUUGAUCGAUCAGUUCACAUCCAGCAUCCAAGUAAAUCGCAUCGUUAAGUGUUACAGUGGCAAGCAGCACAUCAUCCAAUGACCGCAAGAAGAUGCCAUCCAACUGCAUCUCCAUUUUGAUCGUGUUGCUCACGAUCGGCGUCCUCCAUGCUGCAAUUGUACGCCGAGCAACGUCCAACGACCUUCUGCCAAAAAAUGAAUCCAAAGCCCUGCAAGCUUUGGGGCGAUGCGAAAGGCGCUUCCAGGAAUCGCUGGCCAAGCAAACCCACGCAGCUUGGGCGUUUGGAUCCAAUUUGACCGAAUAUAACCAACGAAAAAAGAUCGAAGCGGCAACCGAACAUGCCGCGGUGGCAAAGUCGGUAGCUCUGGAGCUGCAACAGUACGAUUAUCAGUCGUUUCGUAAUGAGGACCUGAAGCGGCGCUUCAAGAAGUUGACGAUGCUGGAAAAAGCGGCGCUACCGGAGGAUAAGUUUACGGAGCUUUUCGAAGCGGUCGCCAGCAUGGAGGCUAACUAUGCGAAGGUCAAGCUCUGCUCGUACAAGGACAAGACCAAUUGUAGGCUCACUUUGGAUCCGGAAAUCACGGAGGUAAUGGCUACCAGUCGUGAUCCGGAGGAGCUGAAGUACUACUGGACUGAAUGGUUUGACAAGGCCGGAAAACCGACGAAGCCAGCUUUCCAGAAGUAUCUGGAUUUGACCAAGGAGCUUGCGAGACUGAAUGGUUUCGAUAACGGUGCCGAGCUUUGGUUGAAAGAGUACGAUGAUCGCACCUUUGAACAACAAGUCGAGAAUGUGAUCGUGCAGAUCAGACCUCUGUAUGAACAGAUCCACGCCUACGUUCGGUUUAAGCUGCGAGAGAAAUACGGACCGGAUGUCGUUUCAGAGAAGGGACCAAUUCCGAUGCACUUACUUGGAAAUAUGUGGGGACAAGUUUGGGAAAAUAUCGCCGACUUUACGACACCGUUCCCGGAAAGGAAGUUACUGGACGUGACCGGAGAGAUGAUUAAGCAGGGCUACACUCCACUCAAGAUGUUCCACAUGGGCGAUGACUUCUUCCAAUCCCUCAACAUGACUAAACUACCUCAGGACUUUUGGGACAAGAGCAUCUUGGAGAAGCCAACCGAUGGCCGUAAUUUGGUAUGCCACGCCAGCGCUUGGGACUUUUUCGCCACGGAUGACGUCCGAAUCAAGCAGUGUACUCGGGUUAACAUGCGCGAGUUCUCCGUCGUUCACCAUGAACUAGGACACAUCCAGUACUAUCUGCAGUAUCAGCACCAACCGGUCGAGUACCGUCGAGGUGCCAAUCCGGGAUUCCACGAAGCCGUUGGUGAUCUGUUGUCGCUGUCGGUUUCCACGCCAAAGCAUUUGAAAAAUAUCGGACUGCUCAAGGACUACGAAGAGGAUGAACAUAUGAAGAUCAACCAAUUUUAUCGAUCGGGUGUCACCAAGUUCGUCUUCCUGCCGUUUGCCUACACGAUGGACAAGUAUCGCUGGAGUCUGUUCCGCGGAGAAGUCGAACCGCACCAGUACAACUGUCGAUUCUGGCAGCUGCGGAGCCAGUUUAGCGGAGUGGAACCACCGGUCCGGCGUACCGAGGAGGACUUUGACCCGCCGGCCAAGUACCACGUGUCAGCCGACGUUGAGUAUCUGCGGUACUUUGUGUCGUACGUGAUUCAGUUCCAGUUUCACAGGGCGGCUUGUCGGUUGGCUGGGCAGUACGUGCCGGGGGAUGCAGAGAAGACGCUGAACAAUUGCGACAUCUACCAGAGCGUUGAGGCCGGAAAUAAGAUCAAGGAGAUGCUAUCGUUGGGUUCAUCGAAGCAAUGGCCGGAUGCGAUGGAGGUUUUGACCGGAGAGCGAGAGAUGAGUGCCGACGCCAUUUUGGAGUACUUCCAACCGCUGCACGAUUGGUUGGUCGAGGAGAAUAAACGUCUGGGGGCACACAUUGGCUGGACUGCGUCUGAUAAAUGCGGAGGGACGAACUUUGACUUUAUGCCGUCCAAGAAGUGAAGGUUUCAUUGUUUUUGCUGAUUUUAAUCGUUGAUUUUCUGUGCUUUUCUUUUUAUAAUUAUAAUUGAACAAUGAGCUUCAGAAAACAUGUCAUUUUUGUCAAUAAAAUAGGGAUGUAAUUGAGGUUUAAACAGGUGUGAAAUUCAAUAAGGACGUUAUUUCCA